CGCUUCUCUGCACUCGCUGGAUUGUUUGAUAGCAGUGGAUUGUUUUCUUCGGGACGUCCAAAACAAGGUUAAAAUAUCCAACACAUCUCAUGACAGCAAUCCAAAACAAGCGGGGAUUUUCAUGGGGGACCAGGGGCUUUAAUUUCCCCACCCAUUUAACCCCUCAGCCGUUGACUAUAUGAUCAAAACGGAGGAAUUCGGCUGUGAGGAAAAGCGCUUGUUGAUGGUGCAUUGUUGUGGUUUGCGAUGUGUCGCUGGCUCGCCGCCUUUUCGGCUAAAAUAUAGACAAAUGAAUCGUUUUCGGCUAGUAUUUCUGCCUUUUGGUGUAGUUUUUCGGAGCUGAUCGUGGAUUCGACACAAAUGAAUCGUGGCCUGGACAAAAUGAGCAGAAAACAGCAUCACUUUAAAGGAGCAGAGGUCAGCUGCUGUGUCAAAUACUUCUUAUUUGGGUUCAACAUCAUAUUUUGGUUGCUGGGAGCUGCAUUCCUGGGUAUUGGACUUUGGGCCUGGGCAGAAAAGGGAGUGCUGUCCAACAUUUCCUCCAUCACGGAUCUGGGCGGCUUCGACCCCGUCUGGCUCUUCAUCGUUGUGGGAGGGGUGAUGUUCAUCCUGGGGUUUGCAGGAUGCAUCGGUGCGCUGCGGGAGAACACUUUCCUGCUGAAAUUUUUUUCAGUGUUUCUGGGCCUCAUCUUCUUCCUGGAGCUCACAGCUGGCAUUUUAGCCUUCGUCUUUAAAGACUGGAUCAAAGACCAGCUGAACUUCUUCAUCAACAACAAUGUUAAAGCAUAUCGAGAUGACAUUGACCUCCAGAAUCUUAUUGACUUUGCUCAAGAAUAUUGGUCGUGUUGUGGUGCUCAUGGACCGAAUGAUUGGAACCUGAACAUCUAUUUCAACUGCACCGACUUCAACCCGAGCCGGGAAAGGUGUGGUGUUCCCUUCUCCUGUUGCGUCAAAGAUCCUGCUGAGGAUGUCCUGAAUACACAGUGUGGAUAUGAUGUGCGGCUUCAAGUGGAGUUGGAUCAGCAGAAGUACAUUUACACCAAGGGCUGCGUGGGACAGUUUGAAAAGUGGCUUCAGGACAAUCUGAUCGUUGUUGCUGGGGUGUUUGUGGGGAUUGCAUUAUUACAGAUUUUUGGCAUCUGUCUGGCUCAGAAUUUGGUGAGUGACGUCAGAGCGGUCAAAGCCAACUGGUGACCCUUUGCAGACCAGAGAAAUAACAGUUUACACACCACUGAGCUGCAAAGUUCCUCUCUAUUAACCCUACAGACGCUGUGUGUUAGCUCUCCAAAAACCCACUGUCCAUCAAUAUGUCCGUCUUAUAUUUUGUAUGUGAAACCAAGCUCUUAUGGAGGCUGGAGAUAGAUGGAGUUAUCUGUGAUCGAACGGAUUCCCGUCAACCUGUGGAUGACGUGCUUAUAGAGAAACACACAGAUCAACCACUGAGACUUGAAACGGAGCAGCCAUGAACUUAAAGCCUUACAGCAGUGUGUGUGUGUGUUUCUCUGUACGCUUCAGCUUUUUAUAGUGACUCUAGCUUCUGAUUGGCUCUCUGUUGCGCAGGGCGUCCAAUCAGAACGACGUACUUGAUAAUAAUGACAUGUAAUGCAUUUAUUUUGUGUGCGUUCGGUUCUACCACUACUGUUGGCGAGCGUGUUGUCUGUCUGUACAGUUUUGAUCGAGAGCGUAAAAUAAUCUACUGUUUCUGCUUCUGAAUCUUUUCCGUCUUCGCUAAUCUGCUCGGUAGAUAGCUGUAGUGACACUAAUGAUGUAUUAUUAUAAUCAUGAUGCUGCUUUAAGUCAUAGAUGAUAAUAUACAUCGCUAUACUAACCAACUGUACUUUUGUUUGCGUAUGAUCAUGCCUUAUUGAGCCCUACAGAGAUGGUAGCAGAAGCCGUUUCACUGCACAUGAAGCUUUUAUUUUGCUACUCGGUCUGCGUCAUUUGCAUGCAAUCAUCUGUAAAGAAUGACAUGCACGGCAUUGCAGGCCUAUUUAAACACACGCACAUAUGUAGAUGCAUACGUGUGUGUUCAUUUCGCAUUCAUUGAGUCGUGAGCUACCGCUGAUAAUGUGCAAAGAUUAAGGAUGUCCUGUGUAUUUAAUCAUUUGUACGUGGAGCUCCGUUUUGUUUUUUGGGGGUCUUUAUAACCUGUGUUAGUAUCGGAGCGAAUGCUGAAAUGUGGGAUUGCUCUCCUGUGGUGUUUUCUGGAGGAGUUUGCUGACUCCUGCUGGUGUAUAUAAGAGGAGCGGAUGAGAUUAUAUGCUAAAGAUGAUGUUUAGACCACUUUGUGUGUGCAACCAAAUGGGGGACUUUUCAUAAAACGUGGCAGGGUUGCAUUUCAUCGAGAAAACAUUUAUUAAAAGUAUAGCUAGUUGGAGAAAAUGAAGCACAUUUAGCCUUAAAUUCUGAUUACCUUAAAUAAUAAAUCAUGUAUAUAUAAAAAUAAUUAAGCUAUCGCUUGGGAAUUCAGGAUUAACUGGGUGUGUUUGAUUAAAAUGUGUAUUUUUUAUUUAAUAAAGGUCUGAUUAAUGUUUCUUUCAAAGUUAUAUGAGGGACAUAUGGUUUAAAUCUUAUAUAAAAAAACAAGAUAUAUAAUAAACUUAGUGAAAUAAUCAGGUUUAUUCAAUUAUAUUGUUAUAAACAUACUCUAAAUCAGUGUUUCCCAACCCUGUUCCUGAAGGCACACCAACAGUACACAUUUUCAACCUCUCCCUAAUCAAACACACCUGAAUCAUCUUAUCAUAACAUCAGAAGAGACUCCAACACCUGAAGUUAACGGGUCAGAAAAAGGGGACAUACAAAAUAUGUACUGUUGGUGUGCCUCCAGGAACAGUGUUGGGAAACACUGAUCUAAAUGACAACAUUUUAAAUAUGCAAGAAAUAUCAUCAGACGUUUUUUUUUUUUACUUGAGCACAUAAAUAUUAUUCAUAAAUGACUUGAAUAAUGAAUUGAAUAUAAACAUGUCUAAAUGAUGCUCUAAAUCAGUGUUUCCCAACCUUGUUCCUGGAGGCACACCAACAGUACAUAUUUUGGAUGUCUCCCUUAUCUGACUAAUUAACUUCAGGUUUUGGAGUCUCUUCUUAUGUUCUAAUUAGGUGAUUCAGGUGUGUUUGAUUAGGGAGAGGUUGAAAAUGUGUACUGUUGGUGUGCCUUCAGGAACAGGGUUGGGAAACACUGCUCUAAAUAAUGACUUUUCAAUUUGCAAGAAAUAUGAUCAGGAGUUUACAGAACUUUUUUUUUUACUUAAGCACAUAAUCAUAUAUAAAUCAUGAAUCCAGAGAUACUGAGAAUUUCUGAGUGGUCAUGUGAAUGUGAAUGUUAGAAGUUUUCCUCCUUACUUUAUAUAUUUAUAUAUUUAAACUGUAAUAAAAGUGCACUGCCUUUAAUUAAUUGAAAAAUAAUGAUAUCACUGUAGGGCAAAUAUAUAUUAGAGUGGAACGUCUUAAUUCAGCUCAUUGAGAAUAAAACUCAUUAAUUUCUUUAUUUUUAUUCUGUAAAGGUCUGAUUAAUGUUUCUUACAAAUUUUAAAUAAUGAAUAUUGGUCCAAAUAAACAUUAAAAAGACACAUUGCACUAAAAUGCCUUAAAUUGAAUAUAAACAUGUCUGGAGUUAUGCUCUAAAUGACAACAUUUUGAAUUAGCAAGAAAUAAGAUCAGGGUUUACAGAACUUUUUUUUUUUACCUUAAGCAGUGCACUGCCUUUAUUUAAAUGAAAUAUUAUUAUAUCAAUGUAGUGCGAAUAUGAAUUAAAGUGAUAUGAUCUUAAUUAUUAAACAUAGUAAGAAUUAAAAUAAUUAAUUUCUGAUUAUUAAUUUCUGAUGUUUCUGAUUAAUGUUUCUAAUCUUAUAAAAAUAAAACAAGAUAUAAACAUAAAAAACAUAUUCCACUAAAUUGUCUAAAAUUGAAUAUAAACAUGUCUGAAAUUAUGCUAUAAAUGACGACAUUUUGAAUUUGCAUAAUAUGAUCAGGAGUUUUACGGAGCAAUUUUUUUUCUUAAGCUCAUAAUUAUAAAUCUAAAUCAUAAAUUUAGUUUCUCUGGAUUCAUGAUUUGUGAUAUAUAAUCAUGUGCUUUUAUAAUUAUGAAGUUUUCCUCUUAGCUAUAAACACAUAAAUGUAUAAAUAAUAAACUGAGAAAGUGCUCUGUAUCACUAUUCCACUAUAGCUGUAUACAUUUAUAUAUUUAAACUAAUAAAAUAAGAGUAAUACAGAUAAUAAAAAGAGCACUCUUUAAUUCACUUCAUUAUAAAUAUAGCACUGUAGUGCAACAACAACAAAAAUAAUUAAGUGACAAAAACUUAAUUCAGCUUAAUUAGAAUUAAAAUUAUGUAUAGUAUAAUAUAUAUCUAAUAAUAUAAAUUAAAAUGGUGAUUACAAUUUAGGGAAAAUGUGUGUGAAAUGCAACCUGAAGAUGUUUUUGUGAAAUUUACCCAAAUAUUUUUAUUUUUGUAUCUCUUUCUCUUAUAUCAAUGGCCUUUUAUUUAGUUUUUUGGGUUUUUUUUCUGCACAAAGACUCUUAACAUUCCCUUUUAGGGCCUCUUGCAUAUCAUGAAUGUAAAGAUAAACUCUUACUAAUGUUAUGUCAUAUAUAUAUAUA